AUGGCGUCUGCCCAGGACAUCAAGCUCCCCGCGGGUGCUUUAGCCCACCAAGUUUCCCUCUCGACAUCUCCUUCAGCUGUGCUGCAUUCGCCGCUGUCCAGCUUCGGAACGUCGAUUCCUCGUGCUGCAGCGGCUUCAGUGUCCGCGAAACAGCUCAAGCCCUUUGCCACGGAAGAUGUGAAGAUCCUACUCUUGGAGAACGUCAACCAAACCGGCCGAGAUGUUCUUGCGGGCCAGGGAUAUCAAGUGGAAUUUCUCAAGACUUCGCUGCCAGAGGAUGAGCUCAUUGAAAAGAUCAGGGAUGUGCAUGUCAUUGGCAUCCGGUCGAAAACCAAGCUCACGGCGCGAGUCCUGAAAGAAGCACGCAACCUCAUCGUUAUUGGCUGCUUUUGCAUUGGAACCAACCAAGUAGACCUGAAGUAUGCCGCAGACCACGGAAUCGCUGUAUUCAACUCGCCGUUCAGCAAUUCGCGCAGUGUGGCAGAAUUGGUCAUUGCGGAGAUUGUAGUUUUGGCUCGACAAUUGGGUGAUCGCUCCAAUGAGAUGCACAACGGUACUUGGAAUAAAGUAAGCAACAAGUGCUGGGAAAUUCGGGGGAAAACACUCGGAAUCAUCGGAUACGGUCAUAUUGGAUCUCAACUGUCGGUUCUGGCCGAGGCAAUGGGUAUGAACGUCAUCUACUAUGAUGUUGUGAACUUGAUGGCCAUGGGCACAACUCGACAGGUCGCUACGCUCGAAGAUCUCCUUGGCGAAGCCGAUUUCGUGACCUGCCAUGUUCCAGAGCUACCGGAAACCGAAAAUAUGAUUGGCCAGAAACAAUUCGAACAUAUGAAAACCGGAAGCUACCUGAUUAAUGCCAGUCGCGGAAGUGUCGUCGAUAUUCCGGCGCUGGUGCAAGCAAUGCGCUCUGGCAAGGUUGCUGGCGCUGCUCUGGAUGUGUAUCCAAACGAGCCGGCUGGUAACGGAGACUACUUCACAAACGACCUCAAUUCUUGGGCCGCAGAUCUUCGAGGCCUGAAGAACAUUAUCCUGACUCCCCACAUCGGUGGAAGUACCGAGGAGGCCCAGAGUGCCAUUGGAGUUGAAGUCAGCCAGGCCUUGGUGAAGUAUGUAAACGAGGGUACCACUCAAGGAGCAGUGAACUUGCCCGAGGUUGCCCUACGUUCAUUGACGAUGGAUCAACCAAACUGUGCUAGAGUUAUCUAUAUCCACCAGAACAUCCCUGGUGUCCUCCGAAAAGUGAACGAAAUUCUAGGCGAUCACAACGUAGACAAGCAAAUGACCGAUAGCAGAGAUGAUGUUGCAUACCUCAUGGCUGAUAUUAGCGACGUGGACACUGUGAUGCUCAAGGACCUUUACGAGAGACUAGAAGGCCUGUCAUCUCGAAUCAUGACCCGCAUCUUAUAUUAA